AUGAAGUUCGGCCAGCAGCUGCGUCAGUCGCUCAUCAAAGAUUAUUACUGGCACUACAUUGCCUACGAUGAACUCAAAGAAGCUCUGAAAACUCCUUUCGUGAAUGGCCGAGAUGGCGAGCGAAAGCCAUGGGACGACGACGACGAAGCUGCAUUUAUCCGUCAGCUCGAAUCCGAGCUCGACAAAGUCUUCAGCUUCCAAAAGCUCAAAAGUCAGGAGAUCGUUGGCCGCAUAAAAUCCAGUGAGCAAGAGGUCAAGCAGGUGCUGCAAAGGCAAGAAGAACAAGACAGAUCCGAUGAAACGGAUACAGAUCUUGAGGAAGACUUUGAACUUCUGGAAGCCGAUCUCAGUGAUAUCAUUGCCGAUGUUCAUGACCUGGCAAAGUACACCCAGCUAAACUACACCGGCUUCCAGAAAAUCAUCAAGAAACAUGACAAGCAGACCAACAUCUACCUCAAACCUACCUUCUCCACCCGAUUGAAGGCAAAACCUUUCUUCCAGGACAACUACGAUGCAUUUAUUGUCAAGCUGUCCAAGCUUUACGACCUGGUCAGGACAAGAGGCAAUCCAGUAAAGGGCGACAGUGCUGCUGGAGGUGGUCAACAGAACUUCGUGCGACAGACCACAAAAUACUGGGUCCAUCCCGACAACAUCACUGAGCUCAAACUCAUCAUUCUGAAGCACUUGCCUGUGCUCGUCUUCAACUCCAAUAAGGAAUUCGAAGAGAAGGACUCGGCCAUCUCGUCUAUCUACUACGAUAAUCCCGAAACAUGGGAACUCUACAUGGGUCGCUUGAAGAAGACCGAAGGCGCAGAAGCGAUUCGCUUGCGCUGGUAUGGCGGUAUGGAGAACGAAACCAUCUUCGUUGAACGGAAGACCCAUCGCGAAGACUGGACGGGCGAGAAAUCGGUCAAAGCUCGGUUUACCCUAAAAGAAAAGAACGUCAACGCCUUUCUGGCAGGCAAGAUGACGGUCGAGGAAGCUUUUGCCAAAAUGCGCAAGGAAGGCAAAAAGAGCGAAAAGGAGAUCAAUGAUCUGGCGCAGCUGGCCAAGGAGGUCCAAUAUCGUGUCAUCUCCCGCAAGCUGGUGCCCGUCACUCGCUCUUUCUAUCAUCGAACUGCUUUCCAGCUCCCCGGAGAUGCUCGUGUGCGAAUCUCACUCGACACAGAAUUGUCCAUGACCAGAGAGGAUAACCUGGACGGUGUCAGUCGUGCGGGCAAGAACUGGCGUAGAACGGACAUCGGUAUCGACUGGCCCUUCUCGCAGCUACCUGAAAGCGAUGUUGCCCUCUUUCCAUAUGCUGUCCUGGAAGUCAAACUGCAGACUGCUGCCGGACAGGAGCCACCUCAGUGGAUCCGGGAUUUGACUGCUAGUCAUUUGGUUGAGGCCGUACCCAAGUUCUCGAAGUUCAUCCACGGAACCGCUACCAUGUUCCCGAAGCGCAUUGAUCUCUUGCCCUUCUGGAUGCCGCAAAUGGACGUUGAUAUUCGUAAGCCUGUCACUCACAAAUUCGGCAUCGAGCGCCCAGCCAACCUUGGCUCCUAUUCGACGACCGAGAUUGAUGAAGACGAGAUCGACUCCGAUGACGAAGCUGAAGCUAUGGCGGCUGCUGGAUCAACUGGCGACGUUGAGGACGACGGUGAUGAUGAUGAGCAGACGAGACAGCUCAAGGCUGCUCGUCGCGCGCUAGAUGAACAUCGACGCGCACAAGAGCAGGAUGACGAUGACGAUGACGAUACCCUCCGACCCAAUGGCCAUACAGACAGCCAUGUCGCCCCUGGCAACAUGCUUGACGAGGAAGAGCGCCUGAACGCUCAGCCACUUGUUGAUGAAGAAUACCUGUACGAUUCUGACGAGGAGAACGACGAUGCGCUGGAGGAGGCGAAACGAUCAGGCUCUUGGAAGUACUACCCACUAUUGGUUCAACGACAUGCGCAACUGGGAUCCAACGCUAUCAUCAACGCAUUCAAGUCGAUACCAACCAAAACUCCGUUACCCGCCAACGCCAAUGUGAUGACACAGAUGACUGGGCAGGUGCAAGCUCGACGAUUCAAGGCACCGCCUGGUAAACGCAUCCAUGUUCCAGUGCGAGUAGAGCCCAAGGUGUACUUUGCGGCGGAACGGACUUUCUUGUCCUGGCUUGAGUUCAGUAUCAUCAUUGGGUCGAUUGCUGCAACACUGCUCAACUUUGGCGACAAUAUCUCGCUGAUCUCGGCCUGGGCCUUUACGCUUGUGGCCAUCGCCGCCUUGGUCUAUUCGGUGGUCAUCUAUGCUCUGCGCGUGGAAAUGAUCCGGACCCGAAGAGCCAAUAUCAACCGAUACUACGACAAGUGGGGUACCUCGGCCCUUUGUGCAGGUCUUUUCGUCGCUACCUGUGUCAGCUUUGGUUUUAGGAUCAGGGAGGACGGUUGGUUUGAGUGA